AAAAAAAAUCAAACAAAGAAAACACCCUUAAAUCAAUUAAUCAUUAUCUGAUCAUAUUAACUUUACUACAUUUAUGUCCUUGAAUGUAAUUUCUAGAAACUUUUAAUUCAAAUUAUUUUCAUUCAUAAACCGUGAAAGAAUUUUAUGGAAUAUAUUCAAUAAAAGAAUAAUAGUAUUUUGUUUACAUUACACAACAUAGCCAAUAUUCAAUUCAUCCUUGAAACUAUUAAAUUUAUAAUCAUCUAUCUUAUAUAUAUUCUGGUUAAUGAAAAAUUUCAAAUCUAAAAUUAAAUCUUAUAUAUCAUCUAGUGAUACAUCAUAUACCAUAUCUAAUACAUCAUUAGAAAAAGAAUUUACACGUACUGCAUCUGUAGAUUCUAUAUUCGAUAAUAUAUCAUCAAAAGCACAUGCAUUAUUUUCAAUACUUGAUGAAGAUCAUAAAGGAUAUUUAGAUAAUCAAAUUUUAUUAAAAAUAUGUAAUUCUGAUUUAAAUGAAUCACAAAUUAAUGAUUUAAUUCAUCAUCUUGAUUAUGAUGGUGAUGGUAAAAUUAGUUCUGAUGAUUUUAUAUUUGGUUUAUAUAAAUUAGCUAAACAUAAUAGUUUAAUACGUGCUUCAUUAAAAGCAAUAACAAUAAAUAAUUCAAAAAAUUAUUUAAUUAAAAAUUAUUCUAAUUCAUUAUCAAAUUUAUUUAAAAAUCAUUUAAUUACAAAUGAAAUUAAUUUAGAUAUUAAUAAAAAAUUAUGUAAUCAUUAUCAAAUAAAAUCAAAUACUACAAUAAUUCAAUCAAUAAAAAUUAGAACAAAAACAAAACAAAGAUUACAUCGUCGAAUUCUUACAUCAUUAUUCUCUCAACAAACUAAUUCAUUGUUAAUAAGUCCAUUAUCAUCUCAAUUGUUUGAUAUUAAUUCUAUUGAUGAAUGUUUAAAAUAUUUAACCAGCCAAGAACAUCUUUAUGAACUUUACCAUAUACUGUUAUCUGAAAAUCCAAGUUUAUCUAGAAUGUACGAAACAGUCUUGGUGGACGUAGUUAGAUAUAUACAAAAAUCCCGUGAAAUUCAAUCACGAUUAGAGAAACAAAUUGAAAGUGAACGCUUAAAACAUAGUGAAUCAAUAUUCCGUCUGUCUGAAGAAGUGGAUAAUCAAGUUAAACUUUCAGAAGAAGCAGCAAGAAUUAAAGAAAGAGAUAUAGCAAUGAAAAAAUUUUCAGCUGAAAUUGAAGCAAAAUCAAUACAAAUCAAACAAUUGAAAUCAAUGAUCAAAAAUCUAGAAGAGCAAGAUAUAUAUCCAAAUGAAUUCAAUCAUCAAAAUCUAAUCUAUAAAUCCAAUGAACAAGAUGAUUCACGUAUUAUUAAAUUACAAAUGAAAAUUUUACAAAUGAAUCAAGAAAAUUAUAAUUUAGAAGAACAAUUAAAUCAUAUCAAAUUACAAUUAACACAAUCACGUUCAGAAUUUAAUGCUGUACGUCAUAGUUUAAAUAAUAAAAAUCAUGAAUUAGAAGAACGUAUGACUGCCUUGAUUGAAACUGUCAAAGAGAAUUCUGCAUUAAAACGUCAAGUUGGAGUACUUCAAGAUAUCAACAGAAAGUUAUAUGAUGCUAAUGAUGAUUUUUACAAUAUGUUUGAAAGUUACCCGGAAUGGUUACGUAAAGAAUGGAAAGUUGAAGAUAUCAAACCAGCUUCCCCAAUGAUUGAUUCCAGGUUUCGACGAACUUCAACAGAAUUUAAACCAAUCAAGUCAGUUGUAAAGAAGUUUAAUGCACAUGAUUGUGAGGCAAACAUUUCAACUUACGCGUCCUGUAAAAGUGAUCAAACAGAAGAGUUAAGACCUUCAUCAUAUGGAAAAGGUUACUGUGUUAUGUCAAGAUGUGACCAACCAGAUUGUUGCUGUUCGAAAUUCCAUGGUAAUGGAGAUAAUGGAUUAUCAAAUUGUAUGAAUGCAAAUGAAAUCGAAUCUGACAAAGAAUCAAAGUAUCAUAAUGUGAAACAACAAAAUUUAUGGGAGAAUUCCGGAAACCAAAUGAAAAAUAAUGAAAAAUAUGAAACACAGAAUAAAUCCUAUUCAAUAGGAUCUAUUCAUUCAUCAAAUGAAUCUACUAGUCAAUCAACUGUAUAUCAUUUAACAAAACAUAUUGAUCAUGAAAAUUCUUAUCAUAAAAUGGAUUCAUUUAAAAAAUUAAAUAAAAAAAUUUCAACUAUAAAAAACAUUCAAUCUAACAAAAUUGUAUCCGAUGAAAAAUUAAGAAUUUUUCGAAUUAUGUUAGCUGGUGAUUCAGAAGUUGGUAAAACAAGUUUAUUAAUACGUAUGUGUGAUGAUAUAUUUAAAAAUUGUUCAGUUACUAUAGGUAUUGAUGUGAAAAUGAAGUCUGUAGAAGUGGAUGGCAGAAAAGCAAUGAUGCAAAUAUGGGAUACUGCUGGACAGGAAAGAUUUCGCAGUGUAUCAACUAGUUUCUAUAGAAAAGCUGAUGGUAUCUUAUUAGUAUAUGAUUGUACAUCAGAAUCUUCAUUCAUUAGUACAAGAGAUUGGAUAACAAUCAUAAAAGAGAAUGCUGGCAAACAAAUACCUAUCGCUAUUAUUGGAAAUAAAAAAGAUUUAAAAGAGCAGAAAGAAUGGCAAGGAAAUAAAUGUGUUAGUUAUGCAAUAGGCAGUAAACUGGCUCAGGAGAUUGGAGCACUUUUCUUCGAAACAAGUGCAUUGACUGGUGAAAAUGUAAAUGAAUGCUUAGAAGCACUAGCAAGAUUACUAUGUGCUCAAGAAGAUUAUAAUUUACGAUGUCCACAAUUGAAAUUAUCAUCAAAUGAUACUCCACGACAAACGAAUCCCAAAUGUUGUGUACGAUGAAAGAUAUAGAUGGAACUAACAAUUCCAAAAAUAGUUUAGAUGGAUAUCACUUAUUUAAAAGCCAAUCAACAUUUUUAUACUUCAAAGAAUUUGAGAAUAAAACACAUAUCAAGUCAUGCUGAAAUGUUACGACGGAUAAUUUUCCGUUAAAUUUUUAAUAAAAUAUUGGGAA